AUGGCGGAGAAGGUGCAAUAUUACCUUGAACAAAUGGUCCCUGAGCUUGAGGACUUGGAACGUAAAGAAAUAUUCACAAAAGAAGAAAUAAAGUCGGUUAUAAAGAAACGAACAGCAUUUGAAUAUGCACUUAAAAGAAGACCAGCACGAGUCAUCGAUUUUUUAAAAUAUAUAGAGGCGGUAACUAAAUUUAAAGGUGAUAUUAAACUAUGGCUACAAUAUAUUGAUUUUGCUAAAAACGAAGGGGAUGAUAAGAUGCUUGGUAAGAUCUUUGGGAGUGUUCUACAAUUGCAUCCAACUAAACCAAUAUUUUGGAUAAUGGCAUCAAAAUAUGAGUAUGAAGUUAAUGCUAAUAUAAUGUCUGCUAGAGUAUACGUCGAAAAAAUAAAAGCUCGUAGAAGGAUUUUAGGAAUUUCCAACAAUAAAGAUGAAGAAUUUAACGACUACGAAGAUUCUCAAAAUUUUAUCAAGAUAGCAGAUGAUGAUCUUUUAAAAGCAAAGGAAUUAGAUCUAGAAGGAAUAGAUCGUGUACAAGAAAUUAAUUUAGAUGAUGAUAAUUUAUUGUUUCGGGGAGAACUUUCUAAAGUUGUUUAUUUUAAUGCUAUUAAAGCUAUUCCUAAUGAUUUGUCUUUUCGAAAAGAGUUUGUUAAUGUUUGCCGAGAAUUCUCUGAUAUAAAGGUGGUUCAAGAAGAAAUUUAUGAAAGUAUACGAAAAGACUUUAAAAGUAAUCCAGAAGCUUUAUCAUAUGUUAUUGAAAGACAUGUAGAUAAUAUUUCUGAUGUGCAAAGCACCGAAUUCAUAAAUGCAAUUAAGCAUAGUAUUGAUGAAUUUCAAGAAUGUAUUGAGAAAUUUCCUAAUUAUGAAAUGUGGUAUAUGUAUUCGCAAUUUCUAUUAAAAUAUUUACAUAUGGUUUCUGAACCCAAUCUGGUUUCUUUUUUAAAUAAAAAAUUAUCUAUAACUUAUAAAAAUGCUGCAAGAUCCAAUUUAGCAUCAUCAUCAAUGUAUUUAGAUUGGAUAAAUUGGAUUUUAGAAAAAGAUGAUGUAAAAUAUGAGAAAAUUAAAGGAUUAUUGAAGAAAGCUACAGAUACUUGGCCCAAUAAUUCAAAACUAUGGGAAAAAAGAAUUAAUGUUAUUAGUUAUUUUGAUUCUAAUGAAGAAAGAGAAUCAAUUGACGAAUUAUAUAAAUUAUCAUUAAAAUUAAAUCCUGCCUCUUUAUUACUAUGGGUUUCUUAUCUUUCUUGGAUAUUUAAGUAUGGUGAUUUAAAAGAUAUGGAAUUAGAAAAUUUGUUAUUGAAUUCGAUUUCUAAAAUAUCUUCGUUAUUACAAAGUACUCAUAAGAGUAAAGAUGAUAACGAUUAUCAACCUAACGAAGUUAAAGAUCAAAUUACGACGAAAUAUUUGAAAUGGGCCGUAGAGAAAGGAGGAUUAGAAAAGGCUCGCAAAGUUUAUAUGAGUUUAUUCAAUAAAACUUUGCCAACUCUAAAAUUUUAUCAAACAUGUAUUGAAAUUGAACAAGAAUACUUAGAAGGCUCAUCAACCUCUACAUCCAAUUCUAAAGCUCAUUUAAUUUGGCUUUAUGAACAAGCUUGUGGAUUUGAGAAAGCUCCAAUUG